AUGGCGAAGAAGGCGUUGGCGAAGGAUCAGAUUGUCAAGCUGAUUGUCGGCGCGGGCCAGGCGAGUCCGAGUCCGCCUGUUGGUCCGGCGCUGGGUUCGAAAGGUGUGAAGAGUAUGGAUUUUUGUAAGGAGUUCAACGCCCGCACCGCCCACUACGUAACCGGCACACCGGUCCCCGCCCGUAUCACCGUCCGCCCCGACCGGUCCUUCCACUUUUCUCUCCGCACACCACCCACCGCUACCCUCCUCCUCACCGCGGCCGGCGCGCCUGCGAUUAAAUCCAAAAUACGCGGCGCAGGAAACGUCCCCGGGCCGAUGAACAACCACGAUGGGCAGAAGGGCAAAUCGGGUUCGAAUAGUCCGACGAACGGAAACGCGACGAAGGGAACGGUCGGGACGGUCAGUCUGAAGCAUGUUUAUGAGAUUGCAAAGAUUAAGCAUGGGGAGGGGAGAUUGAGUGGGUUGAGUUUGGAGGAUUGCGAGAAGCGUGGUGGGGCAGGCGGGGAGUUUGGGGUUGUGGUGGUGCCGUAG